CUCUCAGGGAGCCCGCCUUCUUCUGAAGAGGCGUUUCUGGACCCCUGAGCCCCGCCUCCUGCUGGGAGCAGAACUCUACCCAUUUUUUAAAAUCUUUUCCAAAAUUUGCCAGGUUGUUUUUCCAAAUAUUUUUAAUAAUAGUGCUGCUACUGUAGACCAUAAAGAAAACAAUCCCUCGCUGUUUUCACUUAGUAUAAACUUCCAUCGCCUAGGGCCCGCCAGGAUUUCGCGCAUGCGCAGGAACGACUAUAAGAUGGCGGUGAUAAUCGCCGCACUUUUUUUCAAAUUAGUGGAUCCCAGAAAUCAUUGCGCGCAUUUGUAACGAAUUUCCGUUCGAGUUUGUAUUUUAGGCGCCAUUUUCGAGUGAAGGACCCGGAGCCGAAACACCGGUAGGAGCGGGGAGGGGGUGAUACUACACAACCGUCUCCAGCCUUGGUCUAAGUGGACUGUCCUGCAGCGACCAUGCCCCGUAAAGGCACCCAACUCUCCACGGCCCGGCGCAAAGAGGGAGGGCCGCCGCCGUCCCCUGACGGCGCCAGCAGCGACACGGAGCCUGAGCCGCCGUCCGGCUGCGCGGACUGCCCACCUACCGCCGCAGAGACUGCAAGUGAGGAACUUGAUAAUAGAAGUUUGGAAGAGAUUUUGAGUAGCAUUCCUCCUCCCCCGCCUCCAGCAAUGACCAAUGAAGCUGGAGCUCCUCGGCUUAUGAUAACUCAUAUUGUAAACCAGAACUUCAAAUCCUAUGCUGGGGAGAAAAUCCUGGGACCUUUCCAUAAGCGCUUUUCCUGUAUUAUUGGGCCAAAUGGCAGUGGCAAAUCCAAUGUUAUUGAUUCUAUGCUUUUUGUGUUUGGCUAUCGAGCACAAAAAAUAAGAUCUAAAAAACUCUCCGUAUUAAUACAUAAUUCUGAUGAACACAAGGACAUUCAGAGUUGUACAGUAGAAGUUCAUUUUCAAAAGAUAAUUGAUAAGGAAGGGGAUGAUUAUGAAGUCAUUCCUAACAGUAAUUUCUAUGUAUCCAGAACGGCCUACAGAGAUAAUACUUCUGUCUAUCACAUAAGUGGAAAGAAAAAGACAUUUAAGGAUGUUGGAAAUCUUCUUCGAAGCCAUGGAAUUGACUUGGACCAUAAUAGAUUUUUAAUUUUACAGGGUGAAGUUGAACAAAUUGCUAUGAUGAAACCAAAAGGCCAGACUGAACACGAUGAGGGUAUGCUUGAAUAUUUAGAAGAUAUAAUUGGUUGUGGACGGCUAAAUGAACCUAUUAAAGUCUUGUGUCGGAGAGUUGAAAUAUUAAAUGAACACAGAGGAGAGAAGUUAAACAGGGUAAAGAUGGUGGAAAAGGAAAAGGAUGCCUUAGAAGGAGAGAAAAAUAUAGCUAUCGAGUUUCUUACCUUGGAAAAUGAAAUAUUUAGGAAAAAGAAUCAUGUUUGUCAAUAUUAUAUUUAUGAUUUGCAGAAACGAAUUGCUGAAAUGGAAACUCAAAAGGAAAAAAUUCAUGAAGACACCAGAGAAAUUAAUGAGAAGAGCAAUAUACUAUCAAAUGAAAUGAAAGCUAAGAAUAAAGAUGUAAAAGAUACAGAAAAGAAACUGAAUAAAAUUACAAAAUUUAUUGAGGAGAAUAAAGAAAAAUUUACGCAGCUAGAUUUGGAAGAUGUUCAAGUUGGAGAAAAAUUAAAACAUGCAAAGAGUAAAGCCAAAAAACUGGAGAAGCAACUUCAAAAAGAUAAAGAAAAGGUUGAAGAAUUUAAAAGUAUACCUGCCAAGAGUAAAAAUAUCAUAAAUGAAACAACAACAAGAAACAAUGCCCUUGAGAAGGAAAAAGAGAAGGAAGAAAAAAGAUUAAAGGAAGUUAUGGAUAGCCUUAAACAGGAAACACAAGGGCUUCAGAAAGAAAAAGAAAGUCGAGAGAAAGAACUUAUGGGUUUCAGCAAAUCAGUAAAUGAAGCACGUUCAAAGAUGGAUGUAGCCCAAUCAGAACUUGAUAUCUAUCUCAGUCGUCAUAAUACUGCAGUGUCUCAAUUAACUAAAGCCAAGGAAGCUCUAAUUGCAGCUUCUGAGACUCUAAAAGAAAGGAAAGCUGCAAUCAGAGAUAUAGAAGGAAAACUCCCUAAAACUGAACAAGAAUUAAAGGAGAAAGAAAAAGAACUUCAAAAACUUACACAAGAAGAAAUAAACUUUAAAAGUUUGGUUCAUGAUCUCUUCCAAAAAGUUGAAGAAGCAAAGAGCUCAUUAGCAAUGAAUCGAAGUAGGGGGAAAGUCCUUGAUGCAAUAAUUCAAGAAAAAAAAUCUGGCAGGAUUCCAGGAAUAUAUGGAAGAUUGGGGGAUUUAGGAGCCAUUGAUGAAAAAUAUGAUGUGGCUAUAUCAUCCUGUUGUCAUGCAUUAGACUACAUUGUUGUUGAUUCUAUUGAUACAGCUCAAGAAUGCGUAAACUUCCUUAAAAGACAAAACAUUGGAGUUGCAACCUUCAUAGGUUUAGAUAAGAUGGCUGUAUGGGCAAAAAAAAUGACCGAAAUUCAGACUCCUGAAAAUACUUCUCGUUUAUUUGAUUUAGUAAAAGUAAAAGAUGACAAAAUUCGCCAAGCUUUUUAUUUUGCUUUACGAGAUACCUUAGUAGCUGACAACUUGGAUCAAGCCACAAGAGUAGCGUAUCAAAAAGAUAGAAGAUGGAGAGUGGUAACUUUACAGGGACAAAUCAUAGAACAGUCAGGUACAAUGACUGGUGGUGGAAGCAAAGUAACGAAAGGAAGAAUGGGUUCCUCACUUGUCAUUGAAAUCUCUGAAGAAGAGGUAAACAAAAUGGAAUCACAGUUGCAAAACGACUCUAAGAAAGCAAUGCAAAUCCAAGAACAGAAAGUACAACUUGAAGAAAGAGUAGUUAAGUUACGGCAUAGUGAACGAGAAAUGAGGAACACACUAGAAAAAUUUACUGCAAGCAUCCAGCGUUUAAUAGAGCAAGAAGAAUAUUUGAAUGUCCAAGUUAAGGAACUUGAAGCCAAUGUACUUGCUACAGCCCCUGACCAAAAAAAGCAGAAAUUGUUAGAAGAAAACGUUAAUGCUUUCAAAACAGAGUAUGAUGCUGUGGCUGAGAAAGCUGGUAAAGUAGAAGCUGAGGUUAAACGCUUACACAAUAUCAUUGUAGAAAUCAAUAAUCAUAAACUCAAGGCCCAACAAGACAAACUUGAUAAAAUAAAUAAGCAAUUAGAUGAAUGUGCUUCUGCUAUUACUAAAGCUCAAGUAGCAAUCAAGACUGCUGACAGAAACCUUAAAAAGGCACAAGACUCUGUCUUUCGUACAGAGAAAGAAAUAAAAGAUACUGAGAAAGAGGUGGAUGACCUAACAGCAGAGCUGAAAAGUAUUGAGGACAAAGCAGCAGAGGUCGUAAAAAAUACAAAUGCUGCAGAGAAAUCCUUACCAGAGAUCCAGAAAGAGUAUCGCAAUCUGCUUCAAGAAUUAAAAGUUAUUCAAGAAAAUGAACAUGCUCUUCAAAAAGAUGCACUUAGUAUUAAGUUGAAACUUGAACAAAUAGAUGGUCACAUUGCUGAACAUAAUUCUAAAAUAAAAUAUUGGCAAAAAGAGAUUUCAAAAAUAUCAUUGCAUCCUAUAGAAGAUAAUCCUGUUGAACAGAUUUCAGUUCUAAGCCCAGGGGAUCUUGAAGCAAUCAAGAAUCCAGAUUCUAUAACAAAUCAAAUUGCACUUUUGGAAGCCCGGUGUCAUGAAAUGAAACCAAACCUCGGUGCUGUUGCAGAAUAUAAAAAGAAGGAAGAAUUGUAUUUGCAACGGGUAGCAGAAUUGGAUAAAAUUACUCAUGAAAGAGAUAAUUUUAGACAGGCAUAUGAAGAUCUUCGGAAACAAAGGCUUAAUGAAUUUAUGGCAGGUUUUUAUAUAAUAACCAAUAAAUUAAAGGAAAAUUACCAAAUGCUUACUUUGGGAGGAGACGCUGAACUGGAGCUUGUAGACAGCUUGGACCCUUUCUCUGAAGGAAUCAUGUUCAGUGUUCGACCACCUAAGAAAAGUUGGAAAAAGAUCUUCAACCUUUCAGGAGGAGAGAAAACACUUAGUUCAUUGGCUUUGGUAUUUGCUCUUCAUCACUACAAGCCCACUCCUCUUUACUUCAUGGAUGAGAUUGAUGCAGCCCUUGAUUUUAAAAAUGUGUCCAUUGUUGCAUUUUAUAUAUAUGAACAAACAAAAAAUGCACAGUUCAUAAUAAUUUCUCUUCGAAAUAAUAUGUUUGAGAUUUCAGAUAGACUUAUUGGAAUUUAUAAGACAUACAACAUAACAAAAAGUGUUGCAGUAAAUCCAAAAGAAAUUGCAUCUAAAGGACUUUGUUGAACUUGUUUAUACUGAAGAUUCUUCAAAUUGAUUCAGUGUAUUACUGAUUUUUUUUUUCUAUUUGUAAAGGAUUAUGAGUUGUAUAAAAUACAUAGUCCUUAAACUAGAUCACGAAACUGGUUUCUAUUUUAUGCAGUUCCGUCAUUUAUAAGGUCUAAUAAAAUAUUCUCU